AUGGCCAAGGAAAGCUUUGCUGCUGGAGGUGUAAGGGAUGUUAACGCUGUUUUUCAAGAGGUUCUGAAGAUGGCCCUCAUCCACGACAGCCUAGCAUGUGUCAUAUGUGACGCUGUCUUAGACAAGCGCCAAGACCAUCUUUGUGUGCUUGCAUCCAAUAGGGAUGGGCCUGCGUAUGUCAAGUUGGUGGGGGAACUUCGUGCUGAGCACCAAAGCAGCACAAUGAAGGCUGAAGACAAGGAACCAGGAGAAUGGGUGGGCCUCCGAUACAUGGGUACAGAGGGACAGCCAAGGAAAGUGGUUGGCUGCAUCUGUGCAAGGGUUAGGAGUUAUGAUAAAGAAUCUCAGGUCAAGGGUGUCACCAAAGAAUAA